ACGUCAGUUUUUAAAUAUUCACCUAUCAAAUUUGUGAGUGCUGUAUUUAACAAUGGACGACCCAGAGAAAACUUUCAAAGAACUCCGUGAACUUUUCGAAAAUCUUGAAAAAUCACCUUCUAGUAAUUCAAGCGAAAAUUCGAAAAACAAUUUAAAAAGUAGUUUCGAUAUUACAAACGAUAAUGGACAACUUGCUUCUUUAAUUGAAAAACUUGACGCACUACUGACAACUAUUAAUAACGACAAUGAAUAUCACAAGAAAAUUCUUACAAUGAAAGCCUCUUUAUAUUAUGAACAAGCAAAAUUAAUGGCAGCACUUGGAGAUACGACAAAAGCUACCGACUUACUAGAAAAAGCUUUAGAAUUCGUUUCUGAUUUUAAAGAUCACAACCAAGUGAAAUUUCUUUACCUAAGAUUAAUCAACCAUUUGUCAUAUCUUAUUUCAAAGGCAGAUAACCUUCAAAAGUCCCGGGAACUUCUAGAAAGCAUUGCCGAUUUCGAAGUAAACACGGACAUUGCGGUUUACAGUACUGAAGAAUUAUUUUCGGGAAAAGUCCUAGAUCAAAACCAAAGACGGGUAAAACUGAACAAAUUGUUAGCGAAUAAUUUGCAAAUGUUGGGCUGGGUUUACGGCAGACUUGGAAUGCACGACGAACAUGCUUUCAAACAACAUAAAGCACUAGAGAAACAAUUGGAAACUGGAGACAUUGAUCCCACCGAUUGGGCUUCGAGAUGCACUAGAUUAGCUGCAGUCCUUAUAACAAAGCAGAAAUGGGUACCAGCAAGAUACCACUUGUCAGCUGCAACAACAGUUUUAAAUCGUCUAGAACGCGAAUUAGUCCCACAUCCAGAGCUAUCCAGGACACAAGCAGAUAUGGCGAGGGGAUGGGUUCACUACGGACUUCAGUUGUUUAACGCCAGCACUAUAUAUUUGACGCAAAAGCUUGCAG